AUGGAGGACAAUCCCAAUGCGGUGCCCACUGCGCCAUCUGCACCGCCUCUGGAGAAGAUGGACUCAGUGGUGGGGUACUCCAACAUUGGGUUUGAUGGUGCAAUGUUGCAGCCUCCGAGCUAUGAGGAGAGUAGUUUAAUGUGCUUGUACCACACUUUCACAAAGGGGUCUUUCUCUGCUCUUUUUGUUUGUUUGCCACGGAUCGAUGAACACGAGGCUCGCCAGGCAUUGCUUCAGCACGUUGCAGAAAAUUGCUGUUAUGGGAAAGGGGCUGCCACUGAACUGACCUUAAAUGACCUCAUCGCUUCCAGUGCCUUCCAUUAUACAUUGGAGACAUUUGGGGAAGCGCGAUCCACAGCCUGGGCCUAUGAACCUAAUACGGGUCAGGUGAUUGAUGGCCCACACAACGGCCCAGCCCCCGGACCCUGGGACAUACAGGCCACGCCCCCAGCGGUGUUCCAGGACCAGAAAACAUUCAUUGAAGUCCCCCACACAGCUUCUGUCAAACCAUGUCACAACUGUUUAGCCAUGGGAAGGAUUCGCUGUCACAGAUGUUUUGGGCGGGGCAGGGUGCGCUGUACCUGGUGUAACGGUAACGGUCACAAGACUGAGUACCGCAACGGGAAACAUGAGAGGGAGCGCUGUCACUGGUGUCAUGGGCAUGGAAGAAGAAGUUGUGACACGUGCCAUGGUUACGGUAUGGUCACUUGUUCAGGAUGUCAAGGCCACUGUAACCUCAAGUGUUACAUCCGCCUCACCAUUAUAUGGACUAACCACAUUGAAGAUCACAUUGUUGAGCGUACCAUGCUGCCAGACCAUCUGAUUCGUACAGUCAGCGGCCAAGUGGCAUUUUCAGAGACGCAACCAAGGGUGUGGCCAGUGAAUCAUUUUCCAGAUGGUGAGAUAAACAACGCGUCGAACAGACUGGUGGCCCAACACGCCUCUGCCUUUCCCUCUGAGAGGAUACUCAUGCAGCGCCAUCAAGUGAGGAUCAUCCCUGUGACGCAGGCCUUGUACAAGUGGAAGGGGGCAGACAGCGAUUUCUUUGUGUACGGGUUCGAGAAGAAAGUCUACGCCCCAAAUUACCCGCAACAGUGCUGCUGCGGCUGCUCCAUUCUCUAAACAUGCCAAACAGUUUGUUGUGCUUUACUGGCAGUCAGAGUGUGGUUGAUUACUAGAAAUGUCCUGUAGCCUUGUUUGUCCCUAUGGAAAAUGUGCCGUAAAAGGGACCAUCACAUGACUGAAAUUGUGGAAUAAUUUGACUUGUCUGUUUAAAAAACAUGUGAACACCUGCUGCAGGUGGGCAGGCUGCGUCAAGGAAA